AAAUAAAUUUUAAAAACAUGAAAAUACUCAUUCAACCCCUUUUUUUCACGUAAAUCUUAAUGAUUGAUUGAUUCUGGAUGGAAGACUUUUGAAGUACCAAGUACAAGUCAACUUUUUAAUUUUACUUUUAUUUUAAAAGAAAUUAUAAAAAAAAAAAAAAAACUAUUAUCGCCUAUAAAAUCGUAUAUAAAAGAGUGAGAUGGUUCACUUCUACACUAGCAUUCUUCCAACACCUUCCUUCUUCCCCGAAGCUACUUUACGGCCCACAAUCACUUUCGCUUUUCUUCCCUUUUCCCUUUUCUUUUUUUUUUUAUUUUAUUUUACAUUGUUUAUAAAGCCUAAUACAAAAAUGGCGCAUAAAAUCCUAUCCACCGGAAUUCCUCACAAAAACCUCCCGGAUAACUAUAUCCGACCCGAAUCACAAAGACCCAACUUAUCUCAAGUCUCCGAAUGUGAGGACGUACCCGUUAUCGACUUGAGUUCUAAGGAUCUUUCACAAAUCCUCGAACAAGUCUCAUAUGCUUGUAAGCAUUACGGGUUUUUUCAGGUGAUCAAUCAUGGGGUGUCUAAGGAAUUGGCUGAGGAGAUGCAAAAGGUGGCUAAAGAGUUCUUUAAUUUGCCAGUAGAGGAAAAACUCAAGCUAUAUAGUGAUGAUCCAACAAAAACAAUGAGAUUGUCAACAAGUUUUAACGUUAACAAAGAGGAAGUUCAUAAUUGGAGAGAUUAUCUUAGGCUCCAUUGUUGGCCUCUUGAGCAAUACGCUCCCGAGUGGCCUUCUAACCCUCCAUUAUUCAAGGAAACAGUGAGCAAGUACAUAAAAGAAGUUCGAGAACUAGGGUUCAGAAUACAGGAACUAAUAUCAGAGAGCUUAGGAUUGGAGAAGGAUCACAUAAAGAAUGUCCUAGGAGAUCAAGGACAACACAUGGCUCUUAACUAUUACCCCGAGUGUCCGGAGCCGGAGUUGACGUACGGGUUGCCGGGUCAUACGGAUCCGAAUGCCCUUACCAUCCUUCUACAAGACUUGCAAGUAUCUGGCCUACAAAUCUUCAAGGAUGGUAAAUGGGUUGCUGUCAAACCUCAACCUGAUGCAUUUGUCAUUAACAUUGGUGAUCAAUUGCAGGCAUUGAGUAACGGUAUAUACAAGAGUGUAUGGCACAGAGCAGUUGUGAACACAGAUAAGCCAAGAUUAUCAGUAGCUUCUUUCCUCUGCCCUUCGAAUGAUGCAUUGAUCAGCGCGCCACCACCUCUCACCGCCAACGGAUCACCGGCCAUGUACCGGGACUUCACGUAUCCUGAGUACUACAAGACUUUCUGGAGUAGGAACUUAGACCAGGAGCAUUGUUUGGAGCUUUUUAAGAACCAAACUUAGCUAAUCUAUCCCAUUCAUAUAUGAAAUGCAUCUAGUUGUAGUGGAGUGAAUACUUGUAUCAUCCAGAUUCCAGUAUUAGGUUGGAAUCAUUUCUUCUUUCGUCUUAAGUGUUCUUCUAUGUAUUGUUCUUAAACGAACUAUGUACUAUUGCUUAAUAAUUAUAGUUGGUUUGUGAAAUUUGUAAUGUUAUUUGUAAGAAGCUAGUAGUAGCUAGACAAAACUAAAUAAUCUAUAUCUCAAUGAAAACUUGGUUUAGGGAUUCUCUA